AUGCCAAAUCGUGUCAAAUAUUACGAAAAACUGAGAGAGAAGCGUCGAUUGGCACGCGAACGAGCCAAAAAGACUCAAGAAGAAAGGAAAAGAGCAAGAGAAGUGAAAGAAGAGAAAUGGACGACACGGAAUGAAUUUGAGCUGAUUUCUGAUCAUCGACAGAUACAGAGAAAGGCUUACAUCGCGAAAAUUAGAAAAGAAAGCCAGGAGAUGUUGGAAAUGGCAGUGGCUCGAGUGAAAUCUCAUGAGGAACGAGAGGAUAUGAUAGAGAAAGAAAUCAAAGAAGAGGUGGAGACGAUAAGAAACUUUAUUAAUGAGGUCAGCGAUUUGGAAGUCAACUUUUACAAUUUCGAAAUAUUACAGCAAUGCGAGUAUGAGAAGAAAAUAGACUUUGAUUUGAAAAAACAAGAUUUACAGAUAGAAAAACUGAAAAAUCGUGUGGAAGAAGAGACGCUGAGAAAUACAGAAUAUGCAGAAUCAUUGAAGUAUAUCAAGGAGAUGAUAAGAAUAAAGAAAGCGGAGAAAGAGGAGAAGAAGAAGAAGCUAAGAAUGGAGAAACUAGGGAAGAAAUGA